AUGCACACAUGGAAACGUAUGCUGACGAGUGAAUCCAAGUUGUUCACUUUCCUCCUCGUGUUCCGAAUACUGAAUGCACUUAUCCAGCAAACAGCCUUUGUCCCGGAUGAGUUUUGGCAAUCCAUUGAAGUGGCCCAUCGAUGGGUAUUUGGAUUCGGUUCGCUUACUUGGGAAUGGCGUCCUGAUGUGGCAUUGCGUAGCCCUCUUCAUCCGUUGCUGAUCGCACCGUUUUACUGGUUGGGUCAGUCUGUUCAGUUGGACUCGACACGGUUUAUCCUGCUUAUCGCUCGAGUUUUACAUGCAUUUCUGGCAGCAGUCACAGACCUACACCUGUAUCGGUUGAGCCAGCAAUUAGCCAGUUUAGAAACAGCUAAGUGGGUUCUUUUCCACCAGUUGACUAAUUGGUUCACCGGAUUCUGUAGCACACGCCCGCUGGCCAACUGUCUCGAAUGGGCCCUGACCACCGUCGCUUUAGCCAACUAUCCGGUAUGGUCGAUUCUGACACGGGACAAAUCCGGUAAACCCGAUGGGGCACAUGUGCGUCGGUUUAUCAUAUUAGCUCUCGGCUGUGUGUUUCUCAGACCGACAGCUGCCGUGAUGUGGGGUCCGUUGUGUCUCACACACUUGUGGUUGAUUUAUAUCAAAUCUUCGGAAGUCUGUGAAUCAGAGGUUGCUACUGCUCAGGGUAGAAAGCACCGACCCGCCGUAUUUAAACGCGUACUCGUCCAGUACGUUAUUUGGGGCCUGUGUUGGCUUGCGCUGUCAACCCUCGUGGAUCGUUGGGCCNACGGUCGGUGGACAAUGAAUCAAUGGAAUUUUCUCCAGUUCAAUCUUUUCGGUGGUGGUGCACACGCGUACGGUGUACAUCCGUGGCAUUGGUAUCUCAGUCAAGGUCUGCCCGCAAUGCUUCUCACUCAAAUCCCGUUCAUCAUAGUGGGUAUUAGGGGUACAUUAGACGCAGUCGCGUUCGUCAAUCGUGCAAUCGAUCACUAUCACAAAUCUCGGUUAAAUCGUCUCCAGACCUCAGACUCAUGGUCACCGGAAGAUUGGUACAUUCUAUCACUAAUGCCUUGUCAUUCAAUCCCAUCCAUUGGUCCUCUGAUCUUGUUUAUGUGCCCGUUUAUGCUAGCAUCAUGUCAUUCAAAUGCUAGCCUUUGCAUUCACGUGGCCCCGCCACAUGAAUGUUCACAUAGCAAUCCAAACUCAGGUGUUUCAGAUUUUGCUCUGGUGACUGGUCGAGAUCUUCGUUCGUGCACUUAA